GAAACUAUCAGUGGAAUCACCCAAGUGACCGUGUUGUAUAGUAUGUCGUCCAGUAACGGAAGCAGAUUAUUUUUCACGAACCAAGAGCGCCUAGAUUCCGUGCCCUCGGAUUUAGUUUCAUUCGAGAUAUUGAACAAAAUCACGAAAGUGAUCGGAAAAAAUGUGUUAAGGACUGCAUCAUAG